AUGAACUUGAAACAACCUGCGCUGGGGAUCACGCCGACCCUACUUCCAUACCCGGGGGGUCGGCACUCCCCGGGGAUCCACCACUGGAGGGCGCCACAUGAUAGGAUCAGAAGGGUGCCCUCGCCCUCCACGGGCAGCUACUUCACGGGGCUCGAGGAUAGCUUCCUGAGCCGGGCUGAGGCCAUGGGAGUCGCGGACAAGGCGUUACCUUCUGCCGGACAUCAGAUGAUGACACCUGAUGGACUCUACAACCAGAUCUCAGAGUACACCGCUCACCCAGGAGCAGGGGCUCGUCACCAGAUGCCCAUGCACACCCACAACCAUCACCCACAUCAACACCCACAUUCUCACCACAGUUUCACACCUUCAGAGUCCAUGUUUGAUCAGCUAGCAGUGCCACCUAAAGGACCAGCUGGUAUGCCGUUCGGAUCUAUGGGCUCCAUGACUGAUCACCAUCCCAGUGUAAUGGCACCAGGCCCCCAACCACAUACACAACAUCACCAAAUGUACCCGCCUAUGUACAGCCACCAUCCUUCAUCUGUGGGUCAUUCAGGGUUUGUGCCACACCAGGGUACACUGCACCAGGGCGUCCUUGACUCCGACUGUGACCCCAAAGAACUAGAACUAUUUGCUGAAAGAUUCAAGCAGCGGCGGAUAAAACUGGGGGUAACGCAAGCUGACGUUGGGUCCGCCCUAGCAAACUUGAAAAUCGCUGGAGUCGGCUGUCUCAGUCAGAGCACCAUAUGCAGGUUUGAGUCUUUAACUCUGAGCCACAACAACAUGAUUGCCCUAAAACCAAUCCUCCACACGUGGCUUGAAGACGCAGAGAGGCAAGCGAUGGAGAGAAAGGCUGAAAUGGAAAACGGCUAUAACGGAGACAAAAAGCGGAAGCGAACAUCCAUUGCUGCACCAGAAAAGCGAUCCCUGGAGGCUUACUUCGCAGUCCAGCCGCGCCCGUCAGGCGAGAAGAUCGCCCAGAUUGCAGACAAGUUGGACUUGAAGAAAAACGUAGUUAGGGUGUGGUUUUGCAACCAACGACAAAAGCAGAAGAGGAUGAAGUUUUCAGCCAUAGCUGCCAGUUUGUCAAUGGGUCAUCACUGA